AUGGCCUUCACAGUAGGAAUCGCCGGCGCUACAAGCCAAUUGGCCCUCUUAAUCGCAGCCAAAUUGCUUCAGAAUCCCUCCGUCCACAUCCGCGCCUUCUGCCGCAACCCCAGCAAACUCCCCCAGCAUAUCUCCUCCUCCACCCGCGUCACCAUCAUCCAGGGCGAAGCCACCGACCUCUCCGCCGUCCGCUCCUUCGUCCAAGGCUGCAACGUCGUCGCCUGUUGCUACCUCGGCCCAGACGACAUCAUGAUCGCCGGCCAAAAGCUCCUCAUCGACGCCUGCGAGGACGCCAACCACGUGAAGGCGUACUUAGGAACGAAGACGAGUGUGAAGGGGGUGCAUGUGCUUGUUGGGGCGUUCAUGGAGCAUUUCCUCGGGGAGUUCUUCGGUGUGGUCCAUGCGGAGGAGGGAAGGUUUACGUACUAUGGGACUGGAAAUGAGGUGUUUGAGGCGACGACUUCGGUGGAUAUUGCGGAGUUUGUGGCGGCUGUUGCGCUUGAUGAGGGUGCUGUUGGAAUGUUGGAAUUCCUCGGCGAUAGGAAGACACUUCGCCAGCUCGCUGAUGAGUUUGAAGAGGUGUACGGUACGAAGCCUGAGCUUGAAUGUCUGGGUACAUUGGAUGAUCUCAAGAAGAUUAUGCAAGAAGCAUAUCAGAAAGACCCUUCGGAUACAUUCGCGUGGGUGCCGCAGUUCUUCCAAUACUACUUCGCAAAUGGUCAGACGUAUCUCAAGGAUAAACUCGACAACUCCAGGUAUCCUGAGAUCAAGCCCGUCACUUUCAGGCAGUUGAUGCAGACUCGUGCGCCGGCUGAGCUGUCGAGGCUUCCAUAG